AUGGAAGGAAAGAAGGACUAAAGUGAUGAGAUGACAUAAGGCAACUCCUGUGGCAGCAUGAGGCAAAAGCAAUGGGCAAACAGGGGAAAAACCUUGCUAACACACUCAGAAUUAAGUAGUUAGUUCCAACUGAAAGAGAAGAUAAGUGAAAUGGAAAAUGGUCUUCCAGCCUACAGAGGGACCUGUGUUUAACAUCAACCAAAGUAGUUUAUAUGUACCAAGAAGUCUCCAGAUGGAAGCUGCACUUGCUCUGCCAAGACAAUUCUCUAGGGCACCAUUGGAUGAGGUCUUCCCAAAUAAAUAGGUGUGAAAUUCUACAAGGGGGAGCAAAACAAAUUAAAAAACUGAAUUCUCCUAGUAUUACCUUUGUAAGUUAACUAGCUUUUUUAACUCCCUUUCUUUUUUACUUUUUUUUUUUCUGGCACAACAAAUACAACACAACACAUUCAUCCAUCUCACAAAAGAGAGAGGGAAAAAAAAAGUGCAUUUCAUAUCAGAUGCUUUGCGUCAAGACUGCUGAGGCUCAUAAAUCAGCUGUCUAUUGCCCUGGUCAUUUCAACCAACGUCUGACCCUUUGUUAACUCAUGAUUUAUAACUGAAAGUUACUUUUUUUUAAAUGCCAGAUUUAUAAACUUUACUGUGCUUGGUUUGAUAUAAUAUCCAUUUUGUACACCAAGCAAUAAGACAGUAAAUUUAUUGUCUAUGAACUGUUACCUUGAAAAAUUACAUCAAUGCAAAGUGGUUUCCAUUUAGAAUCAAUGGGCAAUAAAUUCAUUGGAUUUUUUUUUUGAAGGGGGGAGAGAACAUGAUGGUGUUUAUGAGGUCAUGAGUGGCUAUAUAAUGGGAGAAACUGGGAGCUGAGGCUGCAGUUAGCCAGGAGUUCUGAGUUCCAGGGUUAGGCACAACAGAACAUCCAACACAGCAAGGAUGCAUAAACUGAUACUUUGCUGUCUCAUUAUCAUCUGCUUCUCCUGUCCUCUCUUGUCUCUCCCCAUCAUCAACGCCAGUGAGAUGUCUUAUCAACACUCAGCUGAUGAAGACUCGAGGUUAAACCUGGAGAGGUUGGGCAGCUCCUCCCUGCUCCAGCUCCUGCCAGAGCUCCUGGGCACCCUGAGUGAGGACAGCAAAGCAGGUCUUACCCCCAGCAACUACAACCCAGGGGAAAAUAUCAAAGAGAAUUUCUACAGGAACCACCCUCAAAAUGCUUUCCUGGGCCGCCUCCUGACCAAGGACAGGAAACAGUACAAGAAACGUGGGAAUCUUUCUGAGUGCUUCUGGAAAUAUUGUGUGUAAACAGGGAACUCCCUGACUGGCUGCAUAAUUUAUACAGAUGGCUGAAAACGUGUAUAUAGAUGAGCUUGAUUCAAAAUGGGAAUGAAGAACCACGAAGGCAGCACCUAACUUUAGACUCUCUGCUACUUGGAAAUAAAUAAAUUCUUGAUGUUUUGCAA